GCCUGCCUCCUCCCUCCAGCCCGCCCCCCGGGGGCAGGGUGCGUAGCGGCGGCGGCGAAAUGCGGUUUGCGCGCUCGGGGAGCGACAGCAGAAGUUAGAAAAUCGCCGAGGGGGGAGCCCGCGCCGCAGCUUCCUGCCCCCGGCCCAGCCCUCUGUCCCCCGCGGCCUGCAGCCUGACUUCCUCCCCCCACCCCGCAGCUCGCCGCCCGGCUCCUCGGACGGGGCCGCCCCGAUGGGACGCCGCGCCCCGGCCCUUGCGCGCAGCUGAGCCGAGCGCCGCGGAGCCGAGCCGCGCCGCCGCCGCCGCCGCCGCCGCCGCCGCCGCCAGCCUCUGCCCUGCUCGCCCCCCAGGCCGGGAGCCUCGUCCUCGGUCCCCCGGAAAGCUGGAUUUCCGAGGCUGGAGGCGCCUGGCCGACUGGGUGGGGACCACCAUGGGCAACGCGGCAGGCAGCGCGGAGCAGCCCGCGGGCCCCGCCGCGCCGUCCCCCAAGCAGCCCGCGGCGCCCAAGCAGCCGAUGCCCGCGGCCCGGGAGCUGGAGGAGAGGUUUAACAGGGUUCUGAACUGCAUGAACUUGCCCCCGGACAAGGUGCAGCUGCUGAGCCAGUAUGACAACGAGAAGAAGUGGGAGCUCAUUUGUGACCAGGAGCGGUUUCAAGUCAAGAACCCUCCCACAGCCUAUAUCCAGAAGCUGAAGAGCUACCUGGAAACCGGUGGGGUCGGCCGAAAGGUAGCAGCGGACUGGAUGUCUAACCUGGGGUUUAAGAGGCGAGUUCAGGAGUCCACGCAGGUGCUGCGGGAGCUGGAGAUCUCCCUGAGGACAAACCACAUUGGGUGGGUGGAAGAAUUCCUCAACGAGGAGAACCGCGGCCUGGAUGUGCUCCUCGAGUACCUGGCCUUUGCCCAGUGCUCCGUCACGUAUGACAUGGAGAGCACAGACAACGGGGUCCCCAGCUCAGAGAAGAGCAAGCCCCUGGAGCAGUCGGUGGAAGAUCUCAGCAAGGGUCCACCCUCGGCCUUGCCUCCUCAGCCCAAGAGUCGCCACCUGACCAUCAAGUGCCCCCCUUCUCCCCGGCUGACCCCAGCCCACAGCAGGAAGGCUCUGCGGAAUUCUCGCAUUGUUAGCCAGAAGGAUGACGUCCAUGUCUGUAUCAUGUGCUUGCGUGCCAUCAUGAACUACCAGUCUGGCUUCAGCCUUGUCAUGACCCACCCAGCCUGUGUCAAUGAGAUUGCUCUGAGCCUCAACAACAAGAACCCCAGAACCAAGGCUCUGGUGCUGGAGCUGCUGGCGGCUGUGUGCCUGGUGCGAGGAGGACACGACAUCAUCCUUGCAGCCUUUGACAAUUUCAAGGAGGUGUGUGGGGAGCAGCACCGCUUUGAGAAGCUAAUGGAAUAUUUCCAGAAAGAGGACAGCAAUAUCGACUUCAUGGUGGCCUGCAUGCAAUUCAUCAACAUCGUGGUACACUCUGUGGAGAACAUGAACUUCCGUGUCUUCCUGCAAUAUGAGUUCACCCACCUGGGCUUGGACUUGUACUUGGAGAGGCUUCGGCUCACCGAGAGUGACAAGCUGCAGGUACAGAUCCAAGCAUACUUGGACAAUGUUUUUGAUGUGGGUGCGCUGCUGGAGGACACGGAGACCAAGAAUGCUGUGCUGGAGCACAUGGAGGAGCUGCAGGAGCAGGUGGCCCAGCUGACAGAAAGGCUUCGGGACGCGGAGAACGAAUCCAUGGCCAAGAUUGCCGAGCUGGAAAAGCAGCUAAGCCAGGCUCGAAAGGAGCUGGAGACCCUGCGGGAGCGCUUCAGCGAGUCGACCCCCAUGGGUGCCUCUAGGCGUCCUUCCGAGCCUGAGAAAGUGCCUACCCCCGUUCCUGCACGGCCUUCGGCCCUAGAGCUGAAGGUGGAGGAGCUGGAAGAGAAGGGGUUAAUCCGUAUCCUGCGGGGGCCCGGGGAUGCUGUCUCCAUCGAGAUCCUCCCGGUUGCUGUGGCAACUCCAAGCGGUAGUGACGCUCUGACUCCGACUCCGACUCCCACUCCAGGAGUGCCUACCGGCUCACUCAGCCCAGGCUCAGAUCUCCCACCUGCGGCAGAACCAGAGCCGGUUGCUGGAGCAGCACCCCCACCGCCACCGCCCCCACUGCCCGGCCUCCCCUUCCAGCAGGAAGCCACGCCUUUGGCGCCCCCUCUGGCCUCACCCCUCCCUGGCAGCUCAGAUCCCCCGCCCCCUCCCCCACCCCCACCCCCGCCGCUGCCGGGAGACUUGCCGCCCCCACCCCCACCGCCACCGCUGCCUUCUGGCACAGAUGGGCCGGUACCUCCGCCGCCCCCACCGCCUCCUGGAGGUCUCUCUGAUGCCCCAGAGAUGGGCCCAGGAGUAAAGGCCAAGAAACCCAUACAGACCAAGUUCAGAAUGCCACUCUUAAAUUGGGUGGCCCUGAAACCCAGCCAGAUCACAGGCACCGUCUUCACUGAGCUCAAUGAUGAGAAGGUGCUGCAGGAGCUAGACAUGAGUGACUUUGAGGAGCAGUUCAAGACUAAGUCCCAAGGUCCCAGCCUAGACCUCAGUGCUCUCAAGGGUAAGGCAGCCCAGAAGGCCCCCAGCAAGGCCACCCUCAUCGAGGCCAACCGGGCCAAGAACCUGGCCAUCACCUUGCGCAAGGGCAACCUGGGGGCUGAUCGCAUCUGCCAGGCCAUCGAGACGUACGACCUACAAGCCCUUGGCCUGGACUUCCUGGAGUUGCUGACCCGCUUCCUGCCCACGGAGUAUGAGCGUAGCCUCAUUGCCCGCUUCGAGAGGGAGCAGCGACCCAUGGAGGAGCUGUCGGAGGAGGAUCGCUUCAUGCUGCGCUUCAGCCGCAUCCCGCGCCUGCCGGAGCGCAUGGCCACGCUCACCUUCCUGGGCAACUUUCCGGAUACUGUGCAGCUGCUCAUGCCGCAACUGAAUGCCAUAAUUGCAGCCUCAAUGUCCAUCAAGUCUUCUGACAAACUCCGGCAGAUCCUGGAGAUUGUCCUCGCCUUUGGUAACUACAUGAACAGCAGCAAGCGUGGAGCAGCCUACGGCUUCCGGCUCCAGAGUCUGGAUGUGCUGCUGGAGAUGAAGUCGACUGACCGCAAGCAGACGCUGCUGCACUACCUGGUGAAGGUCAUUGCUGAGAAGUACCCACAGCUCACAGGCUUCCACAGCGACCUGCACUUCCUGGACAAGGCAGGCUCAGUGUCCCUGGACAGUGUCCUAGGGGACGUGCGCUCCCUACAGCGAGGCCUAGAGUUGACCCAGAGAGAGUUUGUGCGGCAGGACAACUGCACGGUGCUCAAGGAGUUCCUGAAGACUAACUCCCCCAUCAUGGAUAAGCUGCUGGCAGACAGCAAGACUGCUCAGGAGGCCUACGAGUCUGUGGUGGAGUACUUCGGAGAGAACCCCAAGACCACAUCCCCCUCCAUGUUCUUUUCCCUCUUCAGCCGCUUCAUCAAGGCCUACAAGAAAGCUGAGCAGGAGGUGGAACAGUGGAAGAAAGAAGCGGCAGCCCAGGAGGCGGGCGCUGACGCCCCAGGCAGAGGGGAAGUCCCAGCAUCCAAGUCGCCACCCAAGGCCCGGCGGCAGCAGAUGGACCUCAUCUCUGAGCUGAAGCGGAAGCAGCAGAAGGAGCCACUUAUCUAUGAGAGUGACCGCGAUGGGGCCAUUGAAGAUAUCAUCACAGUGCUCAAGACGGUGCCUUUCACGGCCCGCACCGGCAAGCGGACAUCCAGGCUCCUCUGUGAGGCCAGCCUGGGAGAAGAGAUUCCUCUCUAGCCCCCAGAUCUGCGGAACCAGCCCUACAUCCGCACAGACACAGGCCGUAGAAGUGCUCGCCGGCGCCCCCCGGGACCCCCCCUGCAGGUCACCUCGGACCUCUCACUGUAGCUGCUACUUCAGCAGAUGGACUCAGUGGGGGAUGAGGGGGGCAAGCUGGGGCUCGAGGAAGGUGGUCCUCAGCUCGGCUGGGCCGGGCAGCCCCCUCUGCGGCUGCGUUGGGCCCACCUCAAGUGGUCGGGCGCGCGGGGGCAUGGGGCGGGGGGCAGCAUCGCCGGCCCCUCCCCCAAAUGCUGCUUGCGGCACCCCUCUUCCCCUAAUAGCCAUACUUAGCCUCAGCGGGAGCCUGGCCUGUAACUUAUAAAGUGCAACCUCGCGCCCCAUCCCCAGCUCCAGGAACUCUCCAUGGACCUUAUUUUUAUACAAGAUUAAUAAAGAUAUUUGCAAAA